AUGCAAAAAGUCUCUUGCAUUCACGAGGCGAUCCUUGGAAACCGUGCAAGGAAUCCUGAUCUGCUGGCAGUAAGCGCCUGGGACGGAGACCUCACAUACCUUGACUUGGAUCGUUUAUCCUCUCUUUUAGCCAAAUAUCUAUGUGCAUCAGGAUUGCCCCCAAAAACGAUUGUGCCGCUUUGCUUCGAGAAGUCUAAGUGGGCAAUUGUGGCCGUGUUAGGAGUUCUUCGUGCUGGUGCAGCAUACGUGUUUGUGGAUCCAUGUUUCCCUCACGCUCGCAUGAGAGUUAUCUGUGAAGAUAUAGGAGCGUGGACGAUGCUUUGCUCCGCCAAGAACAUACCCCAGGCAAUAGAGCUAGUUGAUCAGCCUAUCGUGGUCCAAACAGUUGUAAAGGAGACGACGAAGGACUUGUCAGCAGAGCUCCCAUCAGUCAAGAUCCUGGAUCCCGUAUAUAACAGUAAGUAA